GAGGAAAUGAAAUCCUUUAAUUAGACAAUUAGUUGCAAUUAGGUCCUGCCGUCCAACUUUGUCAAUUUGUCCGUCAAAAUGAUGGGUAAAAGCGUCCUUUCAAGUCCGAAGACUCUCCAUUUUUUUCUUUCGGUCUGAAACUGUCCUUCGCUUCAUAACCUAUGUGAAAUCCCCAAAUGAAGAAACUGAAAGCACCAACACAGGACUAAAAGCUUCGAAUUUGACAUUAAAAACCAGAAAAAACAUAGCAAAUUGUAAAAGCCCAAGUGGCAAAGAAAAUCAACCUCGCCUGUGGUAGUGGUGGUGAAGAAGAAGAAGGGGGGCGUUUUGACCAUAGAAAGAGAUCAGAUAAAGCAAUGAAAUGGGAGAAAAGAUAUCCCCUUUGGCAUUUGAUGGUCUUUGUUGCUUGCUUGUAAUUAUCAAUGAGAAGGUUUAGCCAAAGAGAGUAAAGGAAAGCAACAGUGAGAGAGAAAACUCUCCCUCCUCUCUUUUCCACACUUUCUCUCUCCAUCUUCUUUUCUUUAUCUCCUUUACUUUGCCACACGCUUCUUGCUGGGUGGAUGUGAUGGGACAGAUUGGUCUUCAAGUGGAAUUCUCGUUUUUUGGUGUCUUUGGAUUUUGAGGGUCUUUAACUCUUUCUUAUCCAAGCCAAGUGUAGUUUAUUUGGUUUUCUUCUUGAUUUGCAUAAAGGGUUCUAAAAAUGCCUAUGUACCAGCCAACUAGUAGGAGAAGAUUUGGGGAUAUGAAGUUUGAUGUGGGUAGUGGUGGCCAAGUUCUAGAUCUGGACACUGCAGUGAAAGAUGGGAUAUUGGGUGGUGGAGAUGGGUUAAUUUGUGGUGGUGGUGUUGGUGUUGUGGCUGAAAAGUUGGAUCUGAAGAAGAUGAUUGAGGAGCUUGAGUCCAUUGAGAUUCCUUCAGUCUUCAUUUGCCCAAUCUCAUUGGAGCCAAUGCAAGACCCUGUAACCCUUUGCACGGGUCAGACUUACAAGAGAUCAAACAUUCUCAAAUGGUUCUCUUUGGGCCACUAUACUUGUCCCACAACAAUGCAAGAGCUCUGGGAUGAUUCGGUCACACCCAACAAGACCCUUCAGCAGCUGAUUUGCAGUUGGUUUUCACAGAAGUACUUGGCCAUGAAGAAGAGGUCAGAGGAUGUGCAAGGUCUCUCAUCAACUCCUUGGAAAGUGGACACCGAAACCCUUCAGGGCAAGAAAGAACAUCAUUCAGCAUCAGAGACAACGAUCUAUUCUUGAACUUCAAUUCCUUGAGAGCCGAGAGAGUGUCUUUGGCCUGAUCGAUUGUUUGGGUGCUGAAAUCCUCGUCGCCAACAAUAGCCCUCACCAGCCUCUGCAUCUCCUUCUUCAAUUCUGUGGCUUUGGCCACCAUAGCCGGAUCAGAAUCAAACACGCCAGUCUUGGCCAUUUCGGUUGAUUUUGGUUUCUGGGUUUUGGGUUUUGCUAUGUGGGGAUUGAAUGAUCAAAUGGAAUUGUGGGUUCUGAGAAUGGUGAAGUAGGGAAAGAGAAUGGUAGUGGGUGCCAUUGUUGUCUCUGUUCUUUCUUGUUCUUCUUAUUUUGUUUUGUUCAAAACGACGAAAAGUCGAAGAUACCCCAAACAACAAGAGCACGUGACACUCA